CUGUAGUCACCACAUGUUCCGCGUUAUGCCUUCGCGCGUUUACGGAGCUAUCACCAACAUAAUUAACAAAACUUUAAAAUGAUUUCGGAAACUGAAACGGAACGCCAAUCUUUUUAACAUAUUCUUUACAUAUUAUGUUUUAUUUAUAGAAUAGAAAUAAAAACUCAAUCAUGUGCCGAUGUAGUUAAGUGUAUGAAGUAAUUGUUAGAAACUGAUUUGAUAAGAUAAAUAAUAUGGGUGAUUAUUUGGAGGCUGAGAUAAAAUUGUUUUGGGAGUACGUGAAAACAAUUGUUUCGCCCAUCGCCAAAACAAUGAAGAGAUAACCAUGGGAUGACUUAUCCUUGGGGAAAACGUUUGUAUAAAUACUGCGGGAUAAUUGGGAAGGACAUCAGUAUCAUUCUAACUGUUCUGUGAAUUAGGUUCUGGACAUCUUUCAGGAUGCUCAAAACGUCGGCUUUAGUUUUGGUUCUGGCCAUUUCUGCAAUGUCAGCAGAACUCUCCUCUUCAUACGCAAUGCUAGAAAAACACACAGCCUUCAAACCAGACCUCAAAACUGCUCCAGCAAACCAAGUAGAACCUAAACCUGAACCAGAACACCCGAUAUACAGAGCUGAAGAACACAAAAAUGAAGGACGAGUAAAAAUUGAGCCAGUUAGACCUUUAGGUUCUAGUUUGAAUCAUGAUAGAAUGCUGUCUGAUCAACCCAGUGAUGCUACGACUGAAGUAAACAGAAUAGACAAUCUUGCUAUCCCCAAUUAUGGAUUUGUCGCUAAUCCUGUUGAAGUGGCCUACCCUGAUAUUCCAUAUGCCCCUGGGUAUGGGUACGAUAAUGGAUAUUCCGGACCACAUGGAUACGAAUUAUAUGCCAAUAACCCAAGUAACUAUUAUCUGGAACCCGAUACCUCAGCUUUUGGAUUGCUGUGGAGCCAAGUACCUGAUUCUAGAACUCUUGUCAGCUUCGUCGGGAGAACAAUAUCGUGGAUCUUUGGCAGUGUGUUUGCUCUUUUCCUCGGCUCUAUUCUUACUGUCGGAGUUUGUUCAUACACAAAUUUGUGUUCUAUCGUAUUCCAUGGCGUUGGACCAAUCCACGAAGAAAUGAGAGCUCUCAUAUCUCCAGAAAGACUUGAGAAGAUCAGCAAUGCAGCUGACUUCGUGAAGACGGCCAUAGACAAGUACCAGAAAAUACAAAAGGUCACAGAUGCUGUACCCGGCACCAGAAAGCGAAGGGCUAUAUUUUUCUAAAGUAGUUGUCUUUUGCAUUAAAUGAAAUUGUACUUAAUAUAUUAGAAUAAAUGAUUAUAUAAGUGUUUGAGAUUUUUCUUCUGGAAAUUUUAUUAGAAAAGAAAAUGUUGUCAAUAUUUUUUAUAAACUAAAUAGCUUAUAAUUAGGUCGUCCUAGUAGUCAUUGUCAGUGUUUAGAUAUGUUUAUAUUUACAACUAAGGACAUUCUAAAGCUGCAUAGUUAUUCUUAGACUCCAUU